GAUACAGAGAAAAGUGAGGCUGAGCAGAGGGACAUGCAUGCUACUGAGUUCUGAACCCAAGUGUCCUCCCUUCUGGACCACAGUCUCAAAAUUCUCAAAGGAGAUGAGACUCAGAGCCAUUGCGAAUUAGUGGAGUCAAAAGAGGGAACCAACUGGAAGAGGUGAUGGGGAGAAGGGAUGAGGAGAAGGAAGAGAAGAGGAGAGACUGACCUAGGUGAUCUGGUGCCAGCUGGUGGAACAGUGGGUGAUGGCGUCCCUGCUGCAAGACCAGCUGACCACUGAUCAGGACUUGCUGCUGAUGCAGGAAGGCAUGCCGAUGCGCAAGGUGAGGUCCAAAAGCUGGAAGAAGCUAAGAUACUUCAGACUUCAGAAUGACGGCAUGACAGUCUGGCAUGCACGGCAGGCCAGGGGCAGUGCCAAGCCCAGCUUCUCAAUCUCUGAUGUGGAGACAAUACGUAAUGGCCAUGAUUCCGAGUUGCUGCGUAGCCUGGCAGAGGAGCUCCCCCUGGAGCAGGGCUUCACCGUUGUCUUCCAUGGCCGCCGCUCCAACCUGGACCUGGUGGCCAACAGUGUUGAGGAGGCCCAGAUAUGGAUGCGAGGGCUCCAGCUGUUGGUGGAUCUUGUCACCAGCAUGGACCAUCAGGAGCGCCUGGACCAAUGGCUGAGCGAUUGGUUUCAACGUGGAGACAAAAAUCAGGAUGGUAAGAUGAGUUUCCAAGAAGUUCAGCGGUUAUUGCACCUAAUGAAUGUGGAAAUGGACCAAGAAUAUGCCUUCAGUCUUUUUCAGGCAGCAGACACGUCCCAAUCUGGAACCCUGGAAGGAGAAGAAUUCGUACAGUUCUAUAAGGCAUUGACUAAACGUGCUGAGGUGCAGGAACUGUUUGAAAGUUUUUCAGCUGAUGGGCAGAAGCUGACUCUGCUGGAAUUUUUGGAUUUCCUCCGAGAGAAGCAGAAGGAGAGAGACUGCACCUCUGAGCUUGCUCUGGAACUCAUUGACCGCUAUGAACCUUCAGACAGUGGCAAACUGCGGCAUGUGCUGAGCAUGGAUGGCUUCCUCAGCUACCUCUGCUCUAAGGAUGGAGACAUCUUCAACCCAGCCUGCCUCCCCAUCUAUCAGGAUAUGACUCAACCCCUGAACCACUACUUCAUCUGCUCUUCUCAUAACACCUACCUAGUGGGGGACCAGCUUUGUGGCCAGAGCAGCGUCGAGGGAUAUAUACGGGCCCUGAAGCGGGGGUGCCGCUGCGUGGAGGUGGAUGUAUGGGAUGGACCUAGUGGGGAACCUGUCGUUUACCACGGACACACCCUGACCUCCCGCAUCCUGUUCAAAGAUGUCGUGGCCACAGUAGCACAGUAUGCCUUCCAGACGUCAGACUACCCAGUCAUCUUGUCCCUGGAGACCCACUGCAGCUGGGAGCAGCAGCAGACCAUGGCCCGUCAUCUGACUGAGAUCCUGGGGGAGCAGCUGCUGAGCACCACCUUGGAUGGGGUGCUGCCCACUCAGCUGCCCUCACCUGAGGAGCUUCGGAGGAAGAUCCUGGUGAAGGGGAAGAAGUUAACACUUGAGGAAGACCUGGAAUAUGAGGAAGAGGAAGCAGAGCCUGAGUUGGAGGAGUCAGAAUUGGCGCUGGAGUCCCAGUUUGAGACUGAGCCUGAGCCCCAGGAGCAGAACCUUCAGAAUAAGGACAAAAAGAAGAAAUCCAAGCCCAUCUUGUGUCCAGCCCUCUCUUCCCUGGUUAUCUACUUGAAGUCUGUCUCAUUCCGCAGCUUCACACAUUCAAAGGAGCACUACCACUUCUACGAGAUAUCAUCUUUCUCUGAAACCAAGGCCAAGCGCCUCAUCAAGGAGGCUGGCAAUGAGUUUGUGCAGCACAAUACUUGGCAGUUAAGCCGUGUGUAUCCCAGCGGCCUGAGAACAGACUCUUCCAACUACAACCCCCAGGAACUCUGGAAUGCAGGCUGCCAGAUGGUGGCCAUGAAUAUGCAGACUGCAGGGCUCGAAAUGGACAUCUGUGAUGGGCAUUUCCGCCAGAAUGGCGGCUGUGGCUAUGUGCUGAAGCCAGACUUCCUGCGUGAUAUCCAGAGUUCUUUCCACCCUGAGAAGCCCAUCAGCCCUUUCAAAGCCCAGACUCUCUUAAUCCAGGUGAUCAGCGGUCAGCAACUCCCCAAAGUGGACAAGACCAAAGAGGGGUCCAUUGUGGAUCCACUGGUGAAAGUGCAGAUCUUUGGUGUCCGUCUAGACACAGCACGGCAGGAGACCAACUAUGUGGAGAACAAUGGUUUUAAUCCAUACUGGGGGCAGACACUAUGUUUCCGGGUGCUGGUGCCUGAACUUGCCAUGCUGCGUUUUGUGGUAAUGGAUUAUGACUGGAAAUCCCGAAAUGACUUUAUUGGUCAGUACACCCUGCCUUGGACCUGCAUGCAACAAGGUUACCGCCACAUUCACCUGCUGUCCAAAGAUGGCAUCAGCCUCCGCCCAGCUUCCAUCUUUGUGUAUAUCUGCAUCCAGGAAGGCCUGGAGGGGGAUGAGUCCUGAGGUGGGCAUUUCACGGGAAGGGUUGGUGUGCUGGCUUUAGAUGGUGAGAAACAUCUGGAAGGAUGCUCUAGAGAACAAAUGGAGGUGGUGAAAAUCAAGCUUUGGAUUGUGCAUUCCUAGGCACAAAAUUACCUCAUUCUUCCUAACAAGCAAUCUGGGACCUGAUUUUCCACCUUUUUUCUCUUUUCUUCCCUUCCUUUGUUUUCAUAAGCCUUUGGUAUCUUUCCUGCCCUUUUCCUUUGUGUACUCUAUACUGGAGUUCCCUUCUUCCUCUUGCUGUAGGCUCAAUCCCAUACCGACAUCUACAACUAAUCUUUCCCAUCAACUCUGUGUGAAGGCAGGUUGCAACUAGAAAUUCAGAGGGGUUUGGAACAGAGAAACCUAAAGAAGCAUCAUCCCCUCCAUCCCCAACUUCCUCAAAGCCCAAAGCCAAGGGAAGGAUAAAUCAAGGUUCAAGGCUUCCCCAGCAAAGAUUAGGGAAAGAGACUUGACCCCAGGACUGUACUACGACUCUUAAGAGAACACUGCACAGCACUCAAAGUCCCCCACUGGACUGCUUCCUCCUUAGCCCCACUGGUAUAAAUACAUCUGUCUCCAAUUUGGCUUCAA